AUGCCGAGGUUUAUAGAACUUAUAUCCGGAGGUUUAGCUGGUAAGUCUAACAUAUUUUGUGUAUCCUACAGGAAAAAACAUACCUGUAUUAUAUUUUAACCUACCUUUAUUAGGUAUAUUAAAUUCAAAUUAAUUUAUUUUAUUGCAACUAAAAAUGCAUUAUUCAAUGAAAUAUAGGGCAGAAACCACUCAGUGGAGGAUCUAGGAGGAGGAUUCAGGGAGUCCUCGGACCCACAGUAAUUUUUAAUGGUAAAAUUGGUUUCUUAAACUGAACUAUACAUUUGUACAUAGCACAGAGAUAGUAAUUUUCUGUAAUAAUAAAAUCAAUAUCUUUGUCAUUCGCGUGUUUUUUCAUGGGUAAUCCCGAUCUCUAUUGAAAUAGUUACAGUGUUGCUGAGUGAGGUAGAAAAUAAAACAACGUCUGAGUCUGUCUCCGACAUAACUAUUUCAUUAUUUAUUAUCUAUGGUUCUGUGGCACAGUACGUCGGCAGAACUGAUAAAAUUGUAUAUUUAUGACCUGAAAAUAAAAACAAAACAAUAAAUCAGCACUUUAAGCAAAUCCCUUUCUUCAAAAUGCUGACCUCCUAUAAAAAACUAAUAAUUUUAUCAGAUACAUACUUCUCAUAUAGCAAAUAUUAUAAAUUNUUCGAACGCUUUCAACAAUAUUUUCAAAAUAUUCCGAAUUUCUUACGGAAAAUUAUAGGUUUGCAUGUUAAAAAAAUUAAGUUUGUUUGACCUAAGGGGAUUGUAGAUAUUAUACGAAGAUAUACCUAUUGUAAUAUCUCUUGAGACAAAAAAGAUAAUCGAAAUCUUUUUUUUUAUGUUAUUCGCUGAAGUAACGACUACAAAUAUCUAUGUUUAAAAUAACUAUUUAAUGUUUAAAUAACUUUUUAUUUUACUAUUUUUGAAAAAUUAAAAGAUCUGAACUUAAAAAAAUUAUUAAAAAUCACGAAUUUAAUUUAUAAAAAAAACGAUAUAACAAAAUAUCAGAAAAACAAACUCUUUAAAAUUGUUAUCUUUAAAUUUUUCAAAAAUAGUACAAUAAAAAGUAAUUGAAGCAUUAAAAAAUUAGUCCUUAUCCCUGUAAUUAAAUGAGUAAUUUCAAAAAAAAAAAAAAUAAAAAAAAUAGAAUUUAAUUAUCUUUAUUAUCUCCGGAGAUAUUACGAUGAAUAUAUCUUCGAGGGACACCCUGUAUCUUUUAGUUAAUCAUUACACUUUAAAACUACCCACGUACAGAUACGGUAAAAUAUAUAUUUACAACAACCAUAUCGUGUGACAUGAAAUCACUUUAUUUAGCUACAUUCCCCAAACAAAAAAAAUUAAUAUAUUGGUCCUUACAAUUGACCUCUCAAAGAAAGCCGACCACACAGUUCCCGAACCUAAAACUCCGCCGCUGUUAUACUACUACCUAUAAAUUAUUUAUUAUUUAGGUAUCACUUGUAAGAUUUUGGUGUUACCGUUUGACGUGGUUCUAACUAAAUUCAUCAUAGACAGUCAUACCGAAAAUCCGCAAUUUCAAAAUGCAUGGGACUGUGCGAAGAAAAUAUACACGCAAAGCGGCCCGAAGAUAUUUUUCAGAGGAUUCUGUUUACAAUGUCUACGAGUAUUUCCCACCUGUAGCAUAAUGUUUUUCGUAUACGGAAUAUUUAACGGCAUAUGCAUUGGUGGUGGUUUUGGUGGUGUUUUUGGUGGUGGCAGCGAACACGACAAACAAACGAAAGUACCUGCUACGGCUACAAAAUGGUGA